CCGGCGGCCGGCGGCCGGCGGCGGGCGCUGCGUGAGUGGGAUGCCAAUGCCCAGCUCGGGCGCCUGACAGCCUCGCGAGCGCGGCCGGAGUUGUGUUUUCCCGCAUCGCGAGCUCGGAGCCAGGGGAAGGUGCUGGAAGCUCCCAGCUGGCACUGUAUCGAAAUGGCCACAGAAGUCGACCCUCCGGGAGACCAAAAUCAAAGACUAAAUGAAGAUUUUGGGACACAUCAAAUGGAAAAAUUUUCUAAACAUUCAUCUAUACAGAAAACUUUCGUCAAAGGAGAUGGAGAUGACAUAGCAGUAAACUCAGUAGUUGACCAAAGCUUUUUGGCUCCUCUCAUUACUGAGUAUGAUAAACAACUAGAAGAGCUAAAUGGCCAGCUGAAAUAUUAUCAGCAACAGAUGGGUGAGAUGAAACUACAACUUGAAAAUGUCAUCAAGGAAAAUGAAAGGUUGCACAGUGAAUUAAAAGAAGCUGUUGAAAAGCAAUUGGAGGCCCUUCCCUUUGGCUCAGAGAUAGGAAGUGACAUAUAUACAGAUGAAGAAACAGUCAAGAACCUUCAAGAACAACUGCAACUAGCCAAUCAAGAAAAAAUUCAGGCUAUAGAACUCUGGCAGACUGUUGCCCAGGAAUUGGACAGACUGCAGAAAAUUUACCAGGAGCACAUGACCAAGGCCCAGAUUCAAGUAUUUGAAAGCCAAAAGCAAAAGGAUCAGCUGACCAGGUUUCAACAGCUAACUACACAACUCAAUGUUGGUAAAGAGAGUGCAGAAAUGAGUAAUCAACACUAUCUGAAAGCAUUAUCCGAACAAAGUGUGGAAACUGAGCAACUCCGAGCACAACUCAGGCAAACGAAGUUAGAUCUGAGGGUUGCAGUAGCAAAAGUAGAAGAGUUAACUAAAGUGACUGAAGAUCUUCAGGAACAAAUGCAAAAAAAGGAGGAGGAUAUGCUGUCUGCCCAGGGAAGAGAAGACGCAUCAGAUAAACGCCUACAUCAGUUACAAACAAGUAUAAAACAAUUAGAAGUGCGAUUAUGUGUUGCAAUCCAAGAAGCCAACCAGUUAAGAACAGAAAAAACACAUCAGGAAAAACAAACCAGAGACCUUCAAGCAAUGUGUAACAAAUUAGAAAAUGAGAAAUAUGAGGCUAUUCUAAGAGCUAGAGAUAGCAUGCAACUCCUAGAAGAAGCUAACCUUCAAAAAAGUCAGGCUCUGCUUGAAAAGAAGCAAAAUGAAGAAGAUAAAAAGAAAAUGAGUGAAGCAGUUUCUCAGCUUAUACAAAAUACCUCUAUAAGAACCAAGAAAGAAGUUGAAAAUACAAAAAAGCAAUAUCAUGUACAGAUUUCUCGAUUAACAGAAGAACUUUCAGCCCUUCAAAUGGAGUGUGAUGAAAAACAAAGCCAAAUUGAACGAGCCAUUAGGGAAAAAAAAGCUGUGGAAGAAGAACUAGAAAAGAUUUACCGUGAAGGCAGAGGGAAUGAAAGUGACUACAGAAAACUGGAAGAAAUGCACCAAAGAUAUCUGAUUGCAGAGAGCUCAAAAGACGAUCUUCAGCUAAGACUUAAAAGAGCAGAAAGUAGAAUAAAACAACUUGAAAUUAACUCCUCAGAAGAGAUAUCACGUUCCCAUGAAAUGAUUCAGAAACUUCAAAAUAUAUUGGAGGCUGAGAGGGAGAAUUGUGGCUUCGUCAGUGAACAAAGGCUGAAACUUCAGCAAGAAAAUGAAGAGUUACUGAAGGAGACUGAGAAUUUAAGAAAGAUUGCUCUAGAGGCUGAAAAAAAAGCCAAAUUAAAGAUCAGUACAAUGGAACAUGAGUUGUUAAUAAAGGAACAUGGUUUUGAAGUUCAGUUGAGAGAAAUGGAAGAUAGUAAUCGAAAUUCCACUAUUGAACUGAGGCAUCUCUUAGCUACUCAACAGAAGGCAGCUGAUCGGUGGAAAGAAGAAACAAAAAAACUUACUGAAAGUGCAGAAAUUAGAAUCAGCAAUCUAAAGAGUGAGCUGAGUCGACAGAAACUUCAUACCCAAGAGCUGCUUUCUCAGCUAGAAAUGGCAAAUGAAAAGGUAGCUGAGAAUGAAAAGCUAAUUCUAGAGCAUCAAGAAAAAGCCAACAGACUUCAAAGGCGUCUGACUCAGGCAGAAGAGAGAGCGGCUUCAGCUUCCCAGCAGCUCAGUGUGAUUACAGUACAGAGAAGAAAAGCAGCCUCCAUGAUGAAUCUGGAAAAUAUUUAAAAAUAUUCAUAGUUCACUCACAGAACUGUAGUGUUGGGAAAGCUGUUGGACUAGAGAUAUUUGAAAUGAUGAAUCCUGCAGAGAAUGGUUAAGGCUUGUGUCAUUUUGCAUAAGCAUUUUCCAUUCUGUCUUAAGGGUUUUGGGAAACAGAACAGUGACAGCAUCCUGAAAGUAAAGAAAAUAUAAUCCUAUAUUUGAGCUUCAGUGGAGAAUAAAGCCAGCCAAGAAGAAUUUAUGGGCUUCAUCAGUGUGUCUAUUUUUUAAUCCCCCUUUUUCCCUUGGAAGAACAUGAUACUUUUUAAACUAUGCUAAUUAUGAGAAAGAGGUUUUAAGAAAAUUUCAGAGCUUAAUAUUUCAGGUUCUAAAAUUUGGGAAUUUUAUAUCUGAUUGUUACUUCUAAUUCAUUUUUAAAGUUCCUAAGAAUUAAUUUUAUUAUGAACUCCUCAGUGGAAUAAAUUAUGCACUUUCCAAAAUUAUGCUGUCAUGUAUUUUAAUGUAUAAUCAUAGUAAUUCAUUUUUAACUUACAUGGUUGCCAAUAUUUACACAAUUAAUUUAAGAUUUGGGGUGGGGGUUUUUAAUAUUACUGAAAACAGAACUAAUCAAAUGGAAAUCCUUGAUUCUAAGAAUGCACAGCUUUGGGCUAUUACAGUCCUGUGGAUCUUCUUUGAUCCAUUCUUUGAGCUGGAUGCACGAUGGUUUCUGGUGAUGAGGGUGGAGAGGUGUGCGUCUGGAGAAGCAGUUAGGAGACUGUUGCAGUUGUCCAGUUAAAAGACAAAGAGUUUGAGUUGGGGUAACAUGAAAAUAUCCAUGUGUAGAUAUUUAGCCAAAGUGGAAUGGUGCUUAAAAAAAAAAAAAUGGGUAAUCACAGGAAUCUGGCUUGGAGAUGAAAAUUAAAGCCAUAGAAACAUCAGAGCUUGCCUCGGACUUUACCUGAUGCAGCUAGCCACCUCUUCUCUUCCCCCAUCACCCUUCCCCUCCAUUUCUUUGUUUUUGUACCAGCAGUUGAACACCAAGACAGGGUUUCACUAAGUUGCUUAGGGCCUUGCUAAUUGUUGAGGCUGUCUUUGAACUCAUGAUCCUCCUGCCUCAGCCUCCUGAGCCACAGGGAUUACAGGCAUGCACCACCAUGCCUGGCCUCCCUUCCAUUUCUUGUGCUCUAGACUUGAUGGUCUUCCUUUACUUCCAUCAACAUAUGACCCUCCCUCCUAGCAUAUCUUUCUCCAUUUACAUAACCUUUGGAUCUCUACUCAGACAUUCCUUCCUCAGAGGAGCCUUCACUGGCCACCACGUUAAUCUGAGUCUCUUUGUGAGGACACUCCUACUAGUGUGCUGUAGUUUUCCUUCAUAGUAUAGAUCAAAAUCUGCAAUUAACUCAUUGGACUUCUUUCCUCCCUAGCAGACUGCAAGCUCCCUGGGAGCAGUAUAAUGUCUGCUGUGGGUCAUUACAGUAUCCUCACACUCAGCACAGCUCCUGGCAUGCAGAGGGUGUUCAUUACUGUUCAUAUACUGAGUGUUCAAGCACAAGACCUUACGGACUGCACGCUAAAUGAGCGCAGGGCGACUCCUCUCUGCAUUCUGAUAUUAACAGUUUUCUUUCCAUUUGGCGCCCCUCUUCAGUACUUGGAUAUUCUCCAAGACGGGGAGGGGGACCUAUAACAGUAUGCCACUCUGACCUCUGUGAAUUUGAACAGACUUAAGGUAUACCGAGCAUGAUGGGAUCUUGUGUUGUUGUUUUGAGAAAAGUUUGUUAGUGCUGGGUGCGUACAGUGGUGUACACCUGUAAUCUCAGCUACUCGGGAGGCUCAGGCAGGAGGAUACCAAGAUCAAGGCCAACUUGGGCAACUAGAGAUCCUGUCUCAAAAAAUUGGAAAAAAAAAUUUUUUUUUAAAGGAUUGGCAGGGUAGCCUUGGGUUUAAUGCUUGGUACCACAAAAAAGACAGAAAAAAGAAGUUUGUUAGUAAUUACUGAUGUAAAAAUGUUGUGAUUUUAACAUUUCUCAUAUCAGUAAGUCUUAACUUCAUUUAUAGAGACAGUAUCACUUAUCCUGUAAACUGUGUUUUAGGAGCAGAGACUGAGAGUGGGAAAAUCACAUAAAUCUGAAAUCGAGGACAGCACAGCUAGUUCAUUUUAUUUAUUCAUGUUUCUUUAUUGUGUCUCCCUGAGGAAGAAAGGAGACAUGAUUACUUCUUCUUUCCUUUGUACACAAGCAUGCAAAUUGGGGUUUCUCCUCUGGUGUGAGCACCAUAGCUGCCCGAGUGGGGAGAACAUUAUCGACAAUUCAGCCAUGCAUUUAUUCAGCAGAUAUUGAAUAUUUCAUAGCCGCACCAUCUUGCCAAAGCAAUUCUCAAACAAAUCAGAGAGAAAAAACAUUUUAAACAUUUUACUAGAAAUCUGUUCUUUAACCAUAAUGUGUUUUAUCAUUUGUUCCAAAAUAAGUCUGUAAUGAGCUUUUUUGCAAAAAUUGUAUCAAAAAUUAUUAAAUGUCUUUAGUUUACCGAAAAACGUAUGUAUCGGUAGGUAGAAAUAGACGGAGAGAGACACUGGCUGCAAUACCCUGAGGUUAUGUAUAAAAUCUGCCUUUUACCAGCCCUUAAAUUGUAUAGCUUUUGCAAUGAUAUUAGUUCUCUUAGAUUAUAUAGAGAAGAAAAAUAAAUAUGUGUAUACUCAGAUAACAGUCAUAGGAUGAAAAGGCAUCAAAAGUAAUUUUUUUUUUUUUUUUUACAAAACUAGUGCCUUUAGCCCAAAAAUUCACCAAAAAAAUCCUCAUGUGCCACACAUUCCCUCUGAAACUCCUGAGGUGUGCACUGAGGCCACCUCUAUGUCUUCCACUCAGAACUGAAUGUAAACAAGUGAGGGAAGGCAACUUGGAAUCUGCUGGCUCAUUUAUUUUGAGACGCAGAUGAAGUGCAGUACCUUUUGAUGGUGUGCACAGCUGCUGAAGUUCACAGAGGGGCAGCUCACCUCCCCCCGGGUGGCCCAGUCCUUUCUCCAGGGCUUUGACCUCUCAAAAGUUCUUCCCUACAGUGGACUGCAGUGUGUCUCCUGCCUUCGUUCCACCUUGUGUAACAGAAAAAGUCUAGACCUUGUUCCACACGGCAGUUUUCAAGAUUUUAACAACAAAUUCUUUUUCCUCUCAGUAAAUAUUCCUAUUUUCUCACAGGACUUGGUUUUGAGUUCCUGAGCUGACCAGUUACCGACCAGCAAUUGGAUAUAUAAAUUGCAAAUCUUCUUCACUCAUUCAGUCUAUAAGUCCUUACUUAACCCCAGCUUCACACUAGGUGUGCUUAGAAUACAUCAUCUCAUGCCCCGCAAAGCAAAGGAGUAAACUUGUCAGUCCCUUGUCCUAGAUUCUGACAGAGGUCUGCAGGAGAGUGAGGGGUAGGGGGUGUCAAUUACCAGAAACUCCAGGGGAUGAAUAUGGUCUUGAAUUCUGUGCCCUUGCCUUUCCCCACCACAAGAAAAUGAUGACAUAUUCUUAAGAAAGCAUGCUUCCAGAGUCAUAGCAGCAGCCAUUCAUGGAAAUGUUCAUAUGUAAUGUUUCUUAGUGUUCAGAUGAGCAGAGUCUUGCCGUUCUGGGGCCUAUACUUCCAUUAAUGUAGCUUAAAAUCAUUUAGUUCCUCUUUUCUUUUUUUUUGGAAGUUGCUGUUUGACAGAUAUUGAGCAUAUUGUCAACUAAAACCCUAAGUCCUUUUCCAAGGUUUUGUUGCUAUGCCAGAUCUUUGUCCCAGAAGCAGGAUUGGCCAUGUGUCCAAGGUUGUUUUAGCUUCUGGUUCUGUCGGCUAGUUUGUUAGCCUGAGCACAGGGACCAUGACUAGUUUUGCUUUACUGCUGUAUUUCUUGCACCCCAGACAAUUUUUUACUUACAAUAAAAGUCAUCCACAGAUUUGAUAAACAUGCUACCCAUAUUUUCAUGCAAAUCACUGAAAAGAUGAGAAAGACCAGGCAGAUGAGUACAGUCAACAAACUGCACCAACCACCAGCUCCCUUACAAUGAAGAGUCGGCACCCAUCAGUGGUGAUCUUCAACCUGUUUCAGUAUUAUAUACUGUUGCUUUGACUGUCCUGAGAACAUCAGGAAAGACCGUUGUCUGCCUCACCAACAUGAAAGAUGCCAUCCUCGUCCUCUUUCCCACAUCUAGUCCAGUAAUGGCGUCUGGGAGGAAAGCGCUUGGUCUUCCCAGUGACUUCACGCAGCAGCCUGGAGAUCACCACCUGCCCCUCUCAUGCUUGUUAAAGCCCUGGAGUUCCCUGGAGAAGGCAUCAUGGAAAUUCUCAUCCAAUGUCAGCAGAGUCCUUUUUUCACAGAAUAAAAAAAGCCACCAGAGCAUGAUGUGAUGCAUAAGGAAAUCUGUUAGCACUCUAUGAGACCAGCAUCUCCUUUCAUGUAAACUACUCUAGAGAGAAUUUGAGAAGCUAUAAUCACAUUUCUACAACUACACUGCGGACUUAAUGAUGUCUUUUGAGACUCUGUGAAGUGCGAGGCAUUUGCAUUUAUCAUCGCCCACCAUCCAACACCCCCGCCAGGAAUCCCUUCAUGUUGGAAGCCCAGAUCCCCAACAUAUGCACUAGUGGUGAGCUCUGGGAAGUACCAGUCACCAGAGUCUGAAGUUCAUCACUUGAAUUGAAUAGCCAGGUGGCCAGGUCCUGGCAAUGGCCAGGGGAAACCUAAGCUGGCCCAAGAGCCAGUGGUCAAGGAAGAGGAAAGUCAGAAGGACUGGUGAAAGUGGGACUCCAGCUGCCCUUUCUCACAGACAGAGAACUUUCUAGGUGGCUUCGCUCUCUGCCAGUCCUGCAUCCCACAUCCACUCACAGGCUUCAGGAGCGAGGCCUCUCCAGGCGCAGCAGCUCUCCCCCUCCUACAGUGACUCCAGUAAUGACUCUUUAAAUUCUCUUCCCUGGCUGCUGGGUGUCGCUCAGGGUCAGAGCUGCUGCCUCUGUCUAUGCAGCAGAACCGCCUUGUGGGCCACACCAUUUCAAGGCUGACCACAGUCCUAGAAAACGAGCUCUGUGGGCUACAAUUGGUACGAGAGGGUUUGUUCUGUAAAUGUAUUAAUUCAUUAGAGUUCUAUCUGAUUCUGUAUACUCGGGGAACCAGGAGUUUGUGCUUUGGGAAGAAUGCAGAGGGCAACAGACAUCCACGAGGCGUGGGUAAGCCUUGCCCUCGUCCACACUGACUCCACUCAUCCUGUGUAGUGUUUAAUUCAGGUGCUGAUCUACCAUGUCUUACGGUUACAAUCUACUCUUCUGUCUCCUCAACAAGCUGCAAAUAACACAAACUUCUCACAACGAUGAUUUAUAAAUGACUGGAAAAAAAUUCAAUCUGAAUUGUAAAAAUGUGUUUGUGUAGCUAAGGAAUAAAGGGCUUCUGCUUGUCCCCGCCACCAGACCUCCCCGGCACAGGGCGACAGGCCAGGGGUCAGGAGGCCAGGAUGCUCCUCCUGAUGAUGUCUGUCCUCCUGCUGAUGGUGCUGCUGGCAUGGACACACUUCUUCUCCGAGGCCUCGCUCUCCGAGUCACUCAUUUCUGCGUCGGGGACAUACCCGUCAUUCUCGCUGUCAGGCUUUAAUUUGCUUUUUGCUCGUUCCUUGGCUGGAGCUCGGCCUAGGCCCAGGUAGGGGUAGUCUGAGUGCUGGUGGCAGGUGCCCUCGAGGGCCUCUCCCUGCUGCUGCCGCUCCCCCUUCUUUGGAAUCCGGAACCCCCCCCAGUCUUUCCCUGGGCUGGCAGGUGUUGUAGGCACUUGGACUGUGGUCUGACUACAGGUCACUCUGACUAGGGAGCCAUUGCACCUGGGCACCAUGUCCCUCCUGGCUCCAGGCGCGGACUGCCCCCCUCCAGGGGAGGGGGUGGCUCUCGUGCUGUCCAGAUGCCUCUGGGACACAUCUGUGGACCUGAGAGGCUUGUGACUCUGUUUAAAAGGCCUGUCCUUCAAGUCUCCUUUAAUGAGAUCACAAUGAAAACGAUUGUCUCUUCUUUUCCCGUGGUCUGGUGUCACCACACCAUUUUUCUGUUGUGCUGAUAUGAGACGUGCUUCUGCAAAGGUCUUUUCAAAACUCAGAAAGCUCUCUGGGACCCCCAGCCCCUCCCUCACGCUGCACAGCUCUGGCUGCCGGGGCAGGGCCUUGCCCUCGCCCCCACUGCUGUUCUGCAACAGGUCUCGGUUAUGGGGCUUUUUCAGGGAAUGAACCAAGGAAGUACCCAUUUGUUUCCUGAAGAACGCAGAAUGCCAUUUCAAGUCCUCUAUCUUGGGAGCGUCGGGACCCACAGAAGGACUAUUAAACAGAAGCAUGUGUUCCAGGGAGAAGGAGGAGCAGGAAGAAGAAGGCACACCUGUGAACACAACAAAGAAGGGUCACGAGGGGCAGACCCACAGGGAAAGUCCGGCUCCUUGGCGUCGCCCAGUUGACACAACUCUCCCCUCCAAAAGCACGACACACGGCCACCUACUCUGUCUUAAGAAUCUGCAUUUGAUAUGCAGACAUUUUUCUAAAGUAGCUGAAAAACCGUAUAAUUCUUCACAGGAAAAAAAAAAUCCUUUCCAAGGACUACAUUUUUCUUCAGACAAAAUAACUGAUCUGAUUUUCAAAGGAGAAUCCAGGCAAGAUCUGUCAGCGGGUCCCUGGCUGCCAUCUCCCUCCUCUGGUUACAGCAACCCUGCAGUGGGCGGCUCCCCAGCCAGCAGCCACCCGCUGGGACCGGAACACAAAAGGGCAAGCUGGGGCUUCUUUCUCCCAAGUGCCCACACCUUAGCAGGGUUGUUACGAGGAUAAACAUGUGUCUACAAUGCUGUGCAGUAACUUUAAAACCGUCCAAGGCAAAGACCCCUGCCUCCCACCGAAGGCUAACCUCAGAUCUCUAAAAUCCUGGUGCUGCCAGGUUCUGGGGCUUAGGAUCACAGAAUGUUAAGGCCAAGAGGCACUUAGAGGUCAUGGUUCUACCCCAAGCCUCUCCCAGGCAAAGGAACCCCAGGAAGGUAGAACAACUUUGCCCUUGAUCUCCCAGUAACUGAUGCGCUUUCCACAGCAGAUGUAGAUCCCUGUGUGCUUUUCUGUACUGCCUCACCCCGAGCAACACAAGACAGAAAGCACUAAAUAACACCUGGUGCUCAAUGGAAAAGAGUCAAACUCCAUCUACACAAAGAAAAGGCUACUGUGGAUGUCAUCUGAACAAGUGUCAUAAGCACACUUUUAAGACAAUACUUGUAAUACGCUGCAGGUAGCUGCAAAGGCUAGAUGAUCUAUAAACAAAUCCGUCUGUGUCCCCACGAUACAUGUAUCCAGAGCUCUGCCCUGGCUACGUAUCGCCCUGGAGUCUCCUGACCAUUCCAGAAGGGGGUCGAGACGCCAUCCCCACCUUCCAGGGGGAAGAAGGUGAGGAUUAGACUUGGCUUCUGUGUACUCAGGGCCCAGUCUGCACCUUGCUCCCCUGCACCGCGAUGCCGCUAAUGCCUGAAGAUCCUCUGUAAAUGUGGAAAUCUGUGCUGCCUGGUUUUUUUUUCCUUCUUCCCUAUCAAAAAGCGAAGCAUUUGUCCCUCAGCUGGCGUGGAGGGCAGACCCUGCCCAUGUUUCGGCCUUCGGGGCAUGAUGCCUACCUGAAACUCUUUCUUGCUCCAAGAGCUUAGUGUACAGACUGAACAUCUGUUCCUGGACUCUGCACACAGAUCGCUUGAUCUUUUCCCUGCGGGUCACCAUGUAAGUGAGGUUCCGGACCUAGAACGCAGAGGACAAAGAUUCUAAGUGAGUGAUACAGUCACGAUCAUGGAUACAUGGUGCUUUUUAAAAUUUUCUUUAACUGCGAGAAAUUGGUUCUACUCAGGCCUCAACAGACAUUUGAAAUCAAAAUGCACUUUCAGCAUUUUGCCCAAUCUCCUAUCUCCUUUUGGGAGGACAAGAAGGUUCUGCUCCUUCCCCCGAGCUGGACAGCAGAGUCUGGAGAGCUGGGGCUGGGAGCUGCAGCCUGGCUGCACACAGCCUUCCGGCUCCCAUGCCCAGCCCCGGGGAGGCCCUGGCAUCCAGUCCAGGCUCCACUUUCCAGCCGCCAGCCAUGUCUUCCCAUUAAUCUACUGCCAACGAGCUUCAGCGCCAUUCACAAGCCACCUGUGCCCCGCUGUGCCUCAAGUAGGUGAGCACAGGGUCCCCUGGAAGACCAGUCACCAACAACUCCAGGAAGCUUCUUGUCCACUGGACUCUCAACGCCACUGGAAGACCUGGCCCCCAGGAGUCACAGCACCAGGCCGCCUCCCUCCUGCUCUGCCAGCCGUAACUGGCCAGUCUCCAGUCCAGCUCCAUCUUUGUCUCUUGGAAACUGUCGCUGCCCUCUCCCCGAUUCUUCUGUAACCGAGACGCCAGUGCUAGAGCUCUGCUUCACAGGCAGCGUGUGGCUGGGGCGGGUCAUGCCCGCGCUCACUAAGCCACACGCAAGUGACUCAAAGUUCAAUGGUCAGCAUUCCGCCAGCUGCCAUCACUCCAACAGCACCAAGACCUAGAGAGUCGGCCACUGACCCCACUGACCCUCCGUGCUGAAGUCUACUAGCGAUCCUCACUAGGCCGAGUGUGCUGAAAGCACCAGCGUCAACCACGGCGCACCAGCGGGCCAGCUCGGCCCGGCCGCAGGAGGGACAAGUGCAUGCCCUCACGCUCCCGAAACUUCCCCUGCAGCUUUCAACAGAGAAAGCUCAAAGGCCUCCACCCUUUUAUUCCAGCAUAAGGACAAGCCACACACCGGACAGACACAAUUUUUUUGACGUUCGUCUCCGACCUCUGUCAGCCGCCGCGAUUCAAGCUGUGUUCAGGGCAGUCUUGUUUGCCAAGGAGCGGGACACGCGGACUGAGACACAGCCCAGGUUGGCUGGCUUGACACGGGCAUCCUGGGCCCAUCUCCCGGCCCCAGCAGGAAACGGCCAGGUCAGCUGGCUCUGCCCUGCACACCUGGCCACCAGGGUCUUCCUAUCUUUGUUCCUACAUCAAUCCCUUAUGUUACUAAUACUUCACUGUUAAACCCAUAUCUGUUUUUUUUAAUUAAAGAACUCAGAAGAAAAUCACUGAGUAAACCUCA